AUGGCAGCACUACCACCUAGUGCAUCAGCUGCAGGCUCUUCCACUCUUUUCAAUUCUGGGGAGCCUCAAGCGCCGUCCUCGCAAUCAGCUCAGCACAGAGGGCAUCAGCAACAACAGCAACACAACGCGCAGCAGCAACCUCAACAGCAUUUGGCAGCUCCAAAUCAAUCUGUACCAGCGCCCCCUGCCCAUCAACCGCAAGCACUGGCAAGAAUCAUCAAGCUCAAGCAAGGGAACACUCACAGCAACCAACCUUUGGCCAGAGUGGUCCCUCCUCAACAAGGCAUGGUAGUUGAUCCAGCAGAGGUAGAGUGCAUUCAUGCAAACCUCACGGGUGCCAAAGAUGAUUCUAAGAAAUGGACAUUACCUGCCCUCUGCCCUGGGCACAAAGUCAGCGCCCUGAGCUUAUGUGAGUCUAUCGCUAUUUCUUCUUUCGGUUAG